UUGUUCGAUUUUCUCUUUUUUCCUCAGUAAGUUUUUUUUGUUUUCCCCGCUUUUACCGUCAUCUCUCUUUCCCUUCUCUUAUGGAACCCUACUCGUCUGGAUUUAAUUACGCUGAUUAUCCUGUCAUUGUCGGCAUCGAUUUUGGUACGACUUUCUCGGGUUGCUGUUACGCCUUUGCACAAAGCCAAAACGAAGAAGUUAUCGAUAUCGUGAAAUGGCCCAGACAGAAUAAUCACGUUUAUCCAAAGACACCUACGCUUUCCUUAUAUCGUAAAGGGUCGACACAACUGAUCGAUUGGGGUCAUGGCGCACGGCGGCAAGCCAUGAAACCCAACAGUGUCGAUCUGUUACUGCUUUCGAAAUUCAAAUUGUACCUGGAUGAACAUUUGCAACAUGAAUCGCUUCCCAAUGGUCUGAACGUCAUUGAUGUCAUUGCCGAUUACUUGCGAGUCUUUCAUAACCAUGUCUGCACCGAAUUACUAAAAGGCUUUGCUGGCAAUUACGAUCAAAGCAAAUUUCGUUACUGUUUGACUGUACCAGCAAUGUGGAGUGAUCGUGCUAAAGCGGCGAUGCGUGAAGCAGCUAUUCGUGCCAACUUGAUUCAACGAUCCGAUCAUCCGGAACGAUUAACGCUGAUCUCUGAACCCGAAGCUGCGGCAUUAUACUGUGAGAAAAAAUCGGAGCAGUUUAAUCUCGUACACGGUCAACGAUUCAUGAUCUGCGAUGCGGGUGGUGGUACGGUGGAUUUGAUUGUAUUCGAGAUUGAUCAACCGCUGGGCGGAAAGCGAACUUUGAAAGAAGUCACCAAUGGUCAUGGCGGUUCGUGUGGUUCCGGAUUUCUGGAUAUGCGUAUGCGUGAUUACAUCAAACGAAAAUUCGCUCAUCUGGGCAGCAUCAACGAUUCCGCACUUGAACACAUCAUGGAUAAUUUUGUGAACAUCAUCAAGCCUGAAUUCGAUGGAUAUGAAGAUCAUUUCUUGGAUUUACCUGCAUCCAUGGGCUUGGGUGAUUUGACGGAUGAAAGCAUCGGUCUUGAAAACGGUUCUUUAUGCCUUCCAGCCCACGAAUUACGUGAUCAAGUGUUUGAACCUGUUAUUGUUCAAGUUUUGGAACUGAUCGAAGGUCAAUUGAGUCAAUCGCCUAAUCUAGAAGCCAUCUUUUUGGUCGGUGGUUUUGGUCAGUCCAAUUAUUUAUUCCAUCGUGUCGAGGAAGUGUUUGCCAAUCGCGUCGGUAUGAUUGGUGUGCCUCCACGAGGCGAACUGGCCGUGGUGCGUGGUGCUGUCUAUUUUGGCUUGAAUCCUCAAAUCGUUACGGAACGUGUUUCUCGACGAACCUACGGUGUUGAAACUCGUAUGCUGUUCCAGAAAGAUGUCGACCCUAUUGAAUACUCGGUGGUGGGCGUCGACCAAAAGACCUACUGUCGUCAGCGGUUCAGCGUCUACGUUCAUAAAGGGCAAAGUGUUAAAGUGGAUGAGUGCAUUUCCAAGAACUUUGUCAUCAGCUAUCCCAACGAUACAGAUUCUGACUUGUUUGCUUUUGACGGUGACGGUGUCCCUCCCCGUCUGACCACACAUCCCUUGAUCAAAAAGGUGGGCAAUUUCCCGAUUCGCAUGCCGGUAUUGGAAGGUGUGCGACCGGGUGACAAGGUGAACAUGACGAUCAAGAUGUACUUUGGCUUGACGGAAAUCAAGAUUGAAUGUACUAUUCGCGAUAAAGUGUUUGUCUUUACCUCGGCUUUUGACGCGUCGGAUUCGUAUGUGAAUAUGGAAGCCAAUCAGCCAUCGUAUCCACCGUCGAUCGCGCCUCCCGGCGCCGAACCUUACGAUAUGCACAAUUUGACCAGCAACCUCAGUCAAAUCUCAUUACAACAACCACCGCAACCACACAAUGCUCCUUAUCCAGCUUCCAGCUACGGCCACGGCACUCCCUCCAUGAUGUCUUCUGUUUCUUUGAACCAGCCUGCUGUUCCCGCCUCCCAACCACCUUACAUGGGCGGCUAUCCUCCUUCCAUGAUGAGCAACAGCAUGAGCCAACCUCCACCGCCAUCCUCUUACAGACCCGCUGCCACAAUGGGUUACCCCUCUCAAUCCUCGCUAGUGUCGUCCACACCAGCAGCUCAUGAAUAUUAUCCACCUCCUCAACAACCGGGAAUGUACCAUCACCAGCAGCCUGGCUACCCACCUUCUCAGUCCUAUUAUCCCACAUACUCUCAACCCUAUCCCCCUCAAUAAAUAGCAGGAAGGGAGAAGGUCGUGAGAGAUUAUGAUCCAUUUUUUUUUCAUCGUAAUAAACAACUUACAUUAUUUACCUUUCAA